AUGUUUACCAUUGAUACUAGUAAGACUAGCGACGCCCUUACUAUGGCAUACCUUAUUCUAUACCUCCCUCUCCAUAGCUAUCAUCAGACGGUUCCGGCUGCAAUCCCUGACUUGCAAUUAAAAGCCACCUAUGGCUUAGUGGCACCUGAAUGCCCUGAAGGCUUGGUCCUCCAAAUGGCCGAAUGUUGGAAGGAAGCAUACAAAGGCUUUGAUCUUAUCAAACUCCUCGAUUCCAUCAUCAAACGUGAGGUAAGUCUGUUUUUUUCAGCGUUCUCAAUUCUCUUUUCUCAUGAUACUUAG